AUGUUCUUCAUCGUCGUGUACAUAUUGGUUUACCAGCUCAUCGGGAACCUAGGUUACCUCAAGUUCGAUGCUGCGCAGAAUACAGUGCGGCUGACGCUGCAAGAGCCUACUGCGGGUUGCAACCCGAACGACGUGGGUUGCAAGGACAGCUUUGCACCACUUAGCCACCUCCCAUAUUGCUGCGCGCAGAAUUCAAGCUGCAAAACAAAUGACGAUGGGUCGUGCUCGUGCGAUUACCGACCCACUUUCAAGGAUUACAACUGCACGUGGCUGUCGGGAACUUCGGCGGCCGCGAUACGUGAAAGCUCCAUCGUCGUCUCGACAUUCUUGCACGAGUACACCAUGACUCUGAACACAAGCUGCUUCACUUCGUACCCAUCUGCCGCCCCGAGCUGCGAUGAGUUGUACAUUGUGCAGGAGAAGGCGCAGGCCUUCACUGCAGAUGUGGAAUCCUUCACGCUUCUCAUAGAUCAUUCCGUCACUUCACCGAAAUCUGGACUAGCCACGACAUCGAGGGACAUGCAGGGGCUCCUGUUCGUCGGCCCCAAUGGCAACGACGGCAGCGAGGCGUCAGCGAUCAAGGCUGGGCUUUGCAGCAGCUCCUCGGAUGCUGUUGACGCCCCUCGCAAUGGCCGGGCGACAGACAAGGCGCCCUGCUAUUUGAAGCCCAACUCCGCGGGCGGCUUGGACUUCUUUGCCAUUGGCACUCUGCUACAGGCUGCCGGCGUCUCCUUGGAAAGCGAGAGCUAUCCAGGAAGCGGCCACUCCGCGCGCUACGAGGGGAUCACGAUCAACCUGAACAUCGACUACAGCAACUCGAUUCCAUGGCAUGGCCUACAAGCCAACAUCAGCUACCUCUACAAGCCUUCGGUGAUCCCGCGCAGCACCUUCAAAACGACAGAGGUAACCCCGCUCUCUCUGGAUGGGGUGCACAUGCUGAAGAAGAGUCUGCAUGGGGUGUUGUUCGAAGUGCGGGCGGGAGGUCAGCUCGCCAUCUUCGACUUCACCCAGCUCCUCUUGCAGCUCACUACGAGCCUGACGUUGCUGGCGCUUGCGACGGUAGGCGUCAACAUCAUGGCGCAGUAUGUGCUCAGAUACCGUCACUACUACUCUGAGGCUCUCUAUGACCGUACUGCAGACUUCGACAACAUCAGCUUUCUAGAGCGCCAGUCGGAGGAUCAGCUGCGGCAGGAGCUGCGGGAUCGAAACCUUCCCCAGAGUGGCACCCGCGAGCGGAUGAUCCUGCGUCUCAUGGAGUAUGGGUACCGCCCAAGCUCCACUGCAAGCCUCAGCUUCCGCAGCGAGCGGGCGGCGCUUGCUUCAGCGCCCGAUGUAUGA